CGGAGCGGUGCGUGCGGCCGGAGCCGGAGCGGAUCCUGGAGCCGGAGCGGAGCGGAGCGGAGCGGAGCCGGGGCGGAGCGGGCCGAGCGGGCCGAGCCAGCAGCCGAGCUGGGGGCGCGGGCGGGCGGCAUGUACCGGGCCCGGGCGGCGCGGGCGGGGCCGGAGCCCGGCAGCCCGGGGCGCUUUGGGAUCCUCAGCACCGGGCAGCUCCGGGACCUGCUUCAGGAUGAGCCCAAGCUGGACCGGAUCGUGCGGCUCAGCAGGAAGUUCCAGGGCCUGCAGCUUGAGCGUGAGGCCUGCCUGGCCUCCAACUACGCGCUGGCCAAGGAGAACCUGGCCCUGCGGCCCCGCCUGGAGAUGGGCCGGGCUGCCCUGGCCAUCAAAUACCAGGAGCUUCGUGAGGUGGCCGAGAACUGCGCGGACAAGCUGCAGCGACUGGAGGAGAGCAUGCAUCGCUGGAGUCCCCACUGCGCGCUGGGCUGGCUGCAGGCUGAGCUAGAAGAGGCGGAGCAGGAGGCAGAGGAGCAGAUGGAGCAGCUGCUGCUCGGGGAGCAAAGCCUGGAGGCCUUCCUGCCUGCCUUCCAGCGUGGCCGCGCCCUGGCCCACCUGAGGCGGACGCAGGCAGAGAAGCUGCAGGAGCUGCUGCGGCGUCGGGAGCGUUCUGCCCAGCCGGCCCCGACCUCGGCUGCUGAUCCCCCCAAAUCCUUCCCGGCUGCAGCUGUCCUGCCCACUGGGGCCGCCCGGGGGCCACCAGCAGUGCCCCGGAGCCUGCCCCCCUUGGACUCCCGCCCAGUGCCCCCACUGAAGGGCUCCCCUGGGUGCCCCCUCGGCCCGGCCCCCCUGCUGAGCCCUCGGCCCUCGCAGCCAGAGCCCCCCCACCGGUAGGAUCCACGGUGCGGCCCCCCAGUUGGGGGGCCUAGACAAACUUGAUGCGUGGCUCCUCCUCCUCCCCCACUGUCUGGGUGGGGGGAGGGGCAGGCCCCUCCCCCUGGCCUCAGGCAG